AUGGCCGCGCUCCUGUGGAGACCUGUAGGCCGUUAUGGCCUCCGCGGCCGCCUCGGUCCUCAGCUCUGUAUCAGGCAUGCUGUUCCUUUGGGAACCUCAGCCAAGGAAGACAUGGAGAGAUACCGGAAUAAGAGUGCUGGCUUAAACCGCCCCAUUUCUCCGCACGUCACGAUCCACAGUUGGUCUCUGCCCAUGGCCAUGUCCAUCAGCCACCGCGCCACUGGCAUUGCCUUGAGCGCAGGGGUCUCUCUCUUUGGCCUGUCGGCGCUGCUGCUCCCGGGGACCUUUGAGUCUCAUCUGGAGCUGGUGAAGGCGCUUUGUCUGGGGCCGGUGCUGAUCCACUCGGCCAAGUUUGCUCUCGCCUUCCCUUUCAUGUUUCACACCUGGAACGGGAUCCAGCACUUGAUGUGGGACCUGGGAAGAGGCCUGACGACCCCGCAGGUGACCCGGUCCGCGGUGGCCGUCCUGGUCCUCAGCGUGCUGUCCUCGGCGGGGCUGGCGGCCCUGUGA